AUGGAGGAGGGGAGGAACAACGAAGGGGAACGCGGUGACUUAAAACCGUGCCAAUUAACCAUCUGUCUGUCUUCUUCUCCUCUUCUUCUCUGCACUCGGGCACACUCUUCUUUUCAAUUCACCCCUUUUGAACUCCAUCGAUUUUCCAGUUGUCUUUUGUUUUUUCGUCGUUUGCUUGUUUGUUUCACACUGUCGUGUCUGCUUCUCACACUCACUCCUCGAUCGACCAUGCCACACACCUCUCCAUCACCGCACGGCCAUUACACCGCAAGACCUCAGAGCUUCAAGUGUCUAUCCUAAGACUCGCAUUCUCAUCACUGGUCAUGGUACAACCAUCAUGCCAACCAGGUAGGUGGCAGCGAUGAAGGUUUGGUGUGAACAAUCUGAGGCCCCUCCGCCGGUGAAGAAAACUACCAUAACUGGAUGCUGUCCGAAAAGACGCCCUACUCAGCCUCUUUUGGCUGACAUGCGCACCUUCUAGGUCUCGAUCCUCUCUUUCCCUCGGGUCCCCUCCUCGUUUCGGAGACCGAUGAACAAUCGCGGCGGACUGUGCAUCAUAGGUCCCGAAUC